AGGGUUCUGUAUUGUGAUUCCCAAACGUGCAUUCCGAAAUGAGAUGGAAUAUAUUAAAGAGUAUCGAAAAUGGCUUUUCUCCUGGACCACACUUAUUUGAGAGAUCGGCGUGAGCAAACUUUGCAGAUCUCUCGCAUUUUGUGAAGCGAUGAUGGCGGCCAGUGGUAUUGACCAAUCAGGGAGCUCCGUACUUGCAGGAAGGGUAACGCAAUAUGUCGAACGGGACUCGUUCAUCCUGUGGAGUGGCUUCGGCGAAUUUCGGGCCUCUUUUGAUGUGUUUAUUCGCGUUCGUGGAAUAAUGGUGUGAUUUUGUGCUAUUUAUUUCCAUCGGUGCAUCGCAGCGAGCAUCUGCCAGUGUUUCUCCUGAAUGCAACGCUGCAUCAACGAUGUCAAUGGGUAGGUCACGUGACCCCAACGGCGUUAAUGGCGGCUUCCGAAAUUUGGGACCAUAGACCAUUUCGAAGGAAAAGCAUAGCGGUCUGUAAGCUUUGGAAAGACGUUUGGCGCCUGUGACAUUCUCUAGCCUCUAAAGGACCACCAAAAACGGGCGGCCAUGUCGUCUCGAGGACGACGUGGACGCGGCAGGCCUCCAAAGUCGGCCGUGCUAUCGCAUAGGCCUAAUUUACUGAAGAAACCCCGCUAUCUGUACGCGGGCUCCAGCGCUCAAAGCUCCCGCCUAGGGGGCCUUCAGCUGAAGCAGUACGACAACAGUGGUCAAUCGCAACUUAAGCAGCGCCUUCGGGAAAAGUCGCCGAAGGUGCGAUCCUACAUCCAUAAUGUCCUCGGCGGGGGAAACGAAGACGACGACGAAGACAAUGACUUGGAACCGCCGUCCAGCGAAAAUGAGAGCGAUUACCACAUGCGCGACGACGAGGACGACGACGACCGCGAAUCGCUGGCCAGUUACGAGUCGGACGAUGUCAGUGUUUAUUCUCAAAGCAGCUACAGCACGAUAUCGAGCUCGACUCCCGCCAAGCGGCCCAGGUGGACGCGACGGGCGCACAGUCCGGUCUUUUUGCAAGAGCGAGAGAUUCCGCCACUGACAUUGCCCAAGAGUUCGGAAGACCUCAUAUUGCCAACAUGCCACAUUAUGCGGGCACUCAGUAUUUACGAGACCUUAAGACAUUUUCGCAAUAUUCUUCGGCUGACUCCGUUUCGUUUCGAAGACCUGUGCGUGGCACUCAUGUCCGACGAGCAAUCGGCGCUGCUGUCAGAGGCGCACAUCGCCCUCCUGCGGGCCAUCCUGCGCGAAGAAGAAACGUCUGGCACGCAAUUCGGAGCGCAGGAUCUCAAGGACAGCAUCAACGUCCACCUGUACCUCGUAGAUGCCGUCACCUGGCCGGCGGUACUCCGAAUGUACCUCGCCAGUGACACCGAGUACCGGUCGGCCCUGCAGCUCCUGGACCGCUGCGAGUACCCGUUCGCGUCGGUCGCCACCAAACUGGCGGUGCUGGAAUUCCUCUGCGACCAGUUCCUGACGACUUCUCAGGCUCGUGAGGACAUCACCUGCGAAGGGGUAGCCAAGCACGACGACCACUGUCGUGUUUGUCAUAAGUUGGGGGACCUCCUGUGCUGCGAGACCUGCCCGGCCGUGUAUCACCUGGCCUGUCUAGAUCCUCCCCUGCAGGACGUUCCGACCGAGGACUGGAUCUGUGCCGUCUGCCAGGCCAAUCAGGUUUCCGGCGUGACCGACUGCGCCUCGGACAUCGAACGUGGAGGCCUCCUCAGUCGGCAGGAGUGCUUGGGUCUCGACCGGCAUGGGCGCAAGUACUGGCUCCUCUGCAGACGAAUAUUUGUGGAAGGAGACAACAACGAGGUGUUCUACUAUUCGUCCGGACCCCAGCUGGAGGAGCUGCUGGACGUGCUCGACCCGGAAGACCUGGAGAUAGACCUGUGCAGGACUAUCGCGGAUGUCAAGGAGGAGUUGCUGAAGCACAUGGAGAUCACGGAGAAGCUGACUACCAGUUCUAAAGGCAACAGGAAGACGUACCUGGACACGGAGAACGCUGCCCUGGUGAAGCUGCAGGCGGAACGUGCAGCACGCAGGGCCAAGGAAGAGGAGGAGAGGCGCUUGAAGGAGGCGCAGGAAGAAGAAGAACGUAGGCGACUCGAGAUGGAACAGAGCCUGUGGUGCUCGUUCCAGGUGCCAGAACCUCGGGAAUACGGUGAGGUGGUCACCACCACCACCCAGGAGGAAACGGUGCCGGACGACGACACCUCGGUCGUGGUGGAGCCCAUCCCGGGACUGGAGGCCCAAGAGGAGCAGAUGGCGACGGAAACGGUGGAAACGGUUGAGGAAGAGCAGGUGCCCGAGCCCCUGGAAAUGACGGAGGAAGAAGUUGUCACUUCCACCAUGGUCACUGUCACCACCACGACGACCACCAAGACAGUCACCAUAGUGAAAGUCUCUCCAAAUGACACAAAGACAACGGAACCCACCGAGGAAGAGGAUGAAUGUUCGAAGGAUGGCGACUCCACCAAGAAAGCAGACGACGAAUCUCGAAAGAACAAAGCUCUCUCUGGGAAAGAAGACUCUGAAGGUCUGCGAUCCUUCAUUGUAACCCGUUCCAAAACGGGUGCCCUUACUCCUCGCACCUUCACCCUCGAUUCCAAGUCUGGCAACAACGCCGGCAGGCGUUCGGACGCUGACUCCGACUCCGUCCUCGUGCUCACGAAGGACGGCGAGAUAUCUCGCGUGGCCCGCGGCAAGCUGGGCAACGCGGUGCCCCUCAACUCGGGCUCCCUCCUCUUCAAGCUCGGCAUGGAAGGCAGCUACAGGAACUACGUCAACCAGUACCACACGAGCCAGCUGGCGCUCAACAAGCACCAGCACGCCGAGGACCGCGACAAGCGGAGACACCUGUCGCACAAGUUCUCCCUGACGACGGCCUCGGAGUUCAAGUGGGGCGGCGCCGUGCAUGGCAGCCGGGCCGCCCUGGUGGGGACGCUGCGUCAGACGUUGCUGCAGCUGGAGAGCAGCAUACCCGCUGCGCUCCUGCACCCGAACUGGACGAUCCAUCGCAACAACUGGUUGAGGGCGGUCAACAUGUGCACGUCGCCCAGGGACUUUGCCCUGGCUCUGGCCAUCCUCGAGGCCUCCGUCAAGCCCGUCCUAUUUAACGCUGCCUGGGGAGAUUUGUUGGGCCACACUCGGCUGCGCCGCGUGACGGCUGCCGAGAGGGAAGAGAAAAAGAAGUCGGAAAAGCGAGAGAGGCGCGAGCUAAUGGAGGAAGAGGUCGACCGGAGCGUGUGGGUCAAGUACACGCUGGGACUCAAACAUCAGGUGUGGAAGCAGAAAGGGGAAGAAUACCGAAUAACUGGCCAGGGAGGCUGGCUGUGGAACAGCGUGACCCGGCAAGUGCGACACGUCCCGGCCCACACGGUGGGACUUCGUGCAGGGCCCCACAGGGUUGUCAUCGCCCUGCCUCCAUCAAAGAUCUCGCCUAAGACGGAACCACCGAGCGAGGACACGUCUGCGACAGCUGCCUCGGCAGACGACGCCCCAAAAGAUGCCGAAAGUCAGGACGAGGGCUCCUCGGGUGCGACGAAAGAGGUGAAGAUCACGGGCGAGACCCUCCUCAAGGCGAUGCUGGCGUCGAGAGCCGUGAAGGUGGAGCUGGUGGACGUGUCCGAGUCCCUGUCGUCUCCCGUCCGGACCCUCUACCCAAAAAUAGCCAAGCCCUGCCGCAUCGACGGAUUCUUGGAACGGAGGGUCAAGUUAAAAGAACUGGAAGACCGCAUGUCCGAAGUUGCUCGUAUCUCUGGCAAGGAAGAUCAAUCGCACGUUGACGUAGAGGCUGUCGACUCGCCCGUUAAGGGGGACACCAAGCAGUUACCAAACGGCAUAAUUCCUGGAGACGAGCUGCUAGACACGGGGAUCUGUUACUCGCCCACGUGUAGGACGUCGACGUCUCAGGCGCGCUGCUAUUCGUCAUUGUGCCGUAAGAGGCGAGAAGCCAGGCUGGCAGCGAGGAUGAUGAACAGCCAGGUGAAGACGCAGGUCAAGGUCGAGCCGAAGGAACAGGACACAGAAGAGGCAAACUCCAAAACUGUCACCGUGACGGAACAGACGACAACCGUCUCUUCGAGUACCACGACAACCACUACCACCAACUUGGUGAAAGAGGAGAGCGGAUUGGGCGAGGAGUCGUUCAGCGAGGACUUCGGCCUCACAUCGUGUGUGGGAGCCGAGGAGGAAGUGGUCGAAACGACGUCAACGACGAUGGUGUCUGCUGCCGUGACGAGCGAGGCCUCUUCAACCGUGAAGGUGAAGACGCCUCAGGGCGAGGUGUCCCAAACCCGAGAGGUGUCGCACACGUCCCAGAAGGUGUACCUGGGGAAGAUCACCAAGGUGACCAAGAAGGUGAAGAAGAACAAGGGGACCUUGCCACCUUUCUGCCGGUUCCAGACGUUUGUGAGCAAACAGCGGAGCAUCCUCGUCCUGCCUCAGCACGAGGUGCGCAAGAUGGCACGCAGAGGAUCGCUGAGGGAGGCCACGGGGUUCAGCUAUACAGCCAAGGUGAACCCGCAGUGCUGGCCCUACGGAGUGUGUCCCCGUCCGUGCUUCAAGACGUCGUGGCGUUACCGGAACCAGUCCCUCACCACUAUUCACCAGGUGGCGCUGCAGCUACGAGUGCUGUGGGCCAGCAUGCGAUGGGACGACCUGCAGGCCAAGCCCCCUCCCGGGGGCACAAACACGCAGACGACAGAGAACGACGUGCAGACGACUGAGUUGCUCAAGCGCAAGGACGUGGGACCUUUUGGUCUGCGCUCGGAGUACCUGGUGCGGCGCAUCACCGUGCCCAUUGACUUGCCUUCCAAGCCCAGAGAGAAAGUGACUCCGCAACGUACGGGGUUGAGGGAGCGCCGGCGCCCCGAGUCGCCGAUGAACAAGGGACCAACUGUCACCGAGGUCUGGGUGCCAGAAGAAGACCUGGAACUUUGGGAAAUUCGACAGUUUGGAGAGAAGAUCGAGAAGCAGCAACUGGCUGUCCGUGAAAAACUGGCACAAGUCCAGGCCCAGCAGAGCGCGGACAAGAUCCGUGCCCAGAUGGAAGCCCAGCUGAAGCAGCAGAGGCUGGCCAUGCAACAGAAACGACUGCAGGAAGCUCAAUUAACCGGCGGAGGAACCAAGGCCAUUGCUGCGGCUCCUGGUACAAAGACGCUGACUGUGGCGGUUUCGGCGCCUCAAGGCGGAGGUCACACGGUUGCCAAGGUGGCGAUAGUGUCAGCUUCAAGCCCCAUGAAGGGCCUCACCACUAUAGUGGCCAACCCCGGUGGAGGUGCUAACCCCAGAGGUGUCCGACGCAUCUUCACCACCAGGGCGCCCAAUGCGGACAAUCCUGGUGGUAGCCCCACCAUAGCCAAAGUGGCCGUCAGCGGCGGCACCACCCUGGUGCCCAAGGCCGCUCCCCAGAUCGUAGUGCGGGCACCCGUCACCGCGAUUGCUCCGGGCAACCCGCGUCCCACCAUGAUUGCGGUGCGAGGGGCGGCACCCGCAGGAGGCAAUCCUGCGGUGCGUCCCGCGACGACCGUUGUGCAGCAGCCGACGCAGACUGCCCCCGUGCGGGCACAGAUCCAGAUCAUUCAGGGACCUAACGGUCAGCUGCAGGUUCGGGGCUUGAUGCCAGGCCAACAGCUACUGCGCUUGCCCGACGGACGCCUGCAGCUGCUUACCCUUCCAGUUCAAGCAGCAACCACGGCCGCGCCAGCUGCAGCUACUCCGGCAGCCACUACGGCACCCGCCGCAGCUACGACGGCACCGCAGCAAACGAUACAGAUCACGGCUUUACGGCCAGCCAUCUCUGUGGCUGCGAGCACAGCCCCCGUGAAUCCUGCGGCGGUGGCCACCGUAGCAGCCGCAGCGCCGGUACAAAUUCCCACGCAGCAGGUGGCUGUGUCUGCCCCUGCGCAAAUACAGCUCGUGUCUCAGCCUCAACAGAUCAAGGUGCAGCAGCCCACAGUUGUGUUGUCCACAGCCCUGCCGGGUAACACAGCAGUGGUGGCAGCACCGGCAGCCUCGACAGCUGCCUCCACCCCCAUCGCACCCAAGCUGAUUCAGAUUCGACCUCAGGUAACGACGGCUGCCGUAGGGACGACCGUUGUGCAGCAACAAGUGAAGGCCGUAAGACCACUGGUGCAGCAAACGGUGAGGCUGCAAGCAGCCACUGUGAGCAUACCGGGCCUGGGCACGGUGGUUACCAAUCCCGGAGGACAGGCCAAGGCAGUGCUGGCCCCCGCGGGGGGCUCCCUAGUCACCACCACUGCCGCCACCCCCGUGCUCGUGGCUGCACCUCCUCCGGCCAGUCCUGUCACCUCCCCCGUAAAAGUGGCUCCAGCACCCACAGUACCAGUGGUGGCCACGCCAGAAACGCCUGGCGGUGUCGCGGCCAAGACACCAGAGGUGCCUUCGGUGAAGGUGGAAGCUGUUCCGCCCUCUGUCUCUUCCCCUCCAAAUUCUCCCAAGCAGUUUGUUCUCACGCCAGCCAUUACGCAACAGAUUGUCCGGCAGGCGCUGAUGAAUCCUCAGACAUCCCCGGAGAUCCAGCAGAAAUUGCUGGCCCUGCAGCGGCACCACCAGCAAAUGCAGCGGACACCCCAAACGCCACAGGGGACGGCGCAGGUGCGGAGUUCCUCAUCGUCGUCGUCAUCCUCCUCCUCUUCCUCGUCCUCAUCAUCCUCGUCAUCGUCCGGAGGAGUUGGAGGAGGUGGCACGCCUACAUCGAGGGCUCCAGAACACAAGGAGGAAGGACAAAGGACCACCGUGUGCCAGCAAGUGCUGAAGGGCAUCGUAGACAAGAUAGAGAAAGAGGAGCGUGUACCCGGGGCCCGCAAGGGAGGGGGUACCAAGACCUCCGCCAAGGAGGCAGCCGAGGAGCGAAGAGCCAGGGCGUCACGCGUGCGUCUGCAGGCCCUCCUGGCACGUCACACGGAGUUCCUCAGACGGGAGAUCAUGCGCAAGAGGGCGCUCAUGGAAAAGGAGCUCCAACUGCAGAUCCAGUCUGAGCUGCAGUCCGACCUGAAGCGGCAGUCUCAGCCAGUGCCACCUGUGGCAGCGGCUGUGACGGUGGCGCCGCCCGUGACGCCACGCAUACCUCCGCAGGAAAAGCUCGCUCAGGUGAUGCGCAGCUUAGAAAGCAGCAAGCAGCAGCAGCAGCAGCAACAACUGACUUCUCGAAAGCGAGCCAUCUCUCACUCGAGCGAGAGCGAAGGGUCCUCACCCGUUGCACCUCCUCGGCCGAAAAAGCCCAAGGCCCAGCAACGAUCUCCGAGCUCGGCCGCCUCGGGACGUGGCGGUGUUCCGCCAAAGCGCGGUUCGGCCGGCGGCCAUCAGAAGUUGUACUGCGUGUGCAAGAAGCCCUACGACCCUACGAAGUUCAUGAUUGGUUGCGACCUCUGCUCCAACUGGUUCCACGUCAAGUGUAUAGGCCUGACGGAGGUGCAGGCCAAGCAGAUGGACAAGUACGUGUGCAACGAGUGUCGCUCGGACCACCGCAGUUCGACGCAGGAACUGUACUGCCUCUGCAGGCAACCCUAUGACGAAUCUCAGUUCUACAUCUGCUGCGACCAGUGCCAGGACUGGUUCCACGGCCGCUGUGUGGGGAUCCUGCAGAGCGAGGCGGACUCCAUCGACGUCUACAUUUGUCCCACGUGUCAGAGCAACAGCAACAUCAACAACGCCAACCUGAAGCCCCUGCAGCCCCGGGACUUCGACAACCUGCGGAAGCUCCUGCGCAGCCUGCAGACUCACAAGAUGGCCUGGCCGUUCCUGGAACCCGUGGACGCCAAGGAGGCUCCAGACUAUUACAGCAUCAUCAAGGAGCCCAUGGACCUGCAAACGAUCGAACGACGUCUGCUCUCCCGGCACUACACCCGGCUAAGUGAGUUCAUCGGCGACAUGACAAAGAUCUUCGACAACUGCCGUUACUACAACCCGCGCCACUCUCCCUUCUACCAGUGUGCGGAAGUGCUGGAAGCCUUCUUUGUGCACAAGAUUAAGGUGUUUCGGCAGAGCAUUUCGUGAUAGCCCGCGAUGAACUACUCUGCAACGCCUUGAGAGAGCGCCACGUGGGUGUGCGUGCGUGCGUAUCGUCUCCGCUCAACACGCGGGACGACGACGGCGGCGGACAGACGGGAGCCGUCGACCCUGUACAUAGUGUAGAGAAGCUUCAUUACCAUCCCACAUGGGGGCAGCAGCGUAGCGAGCCUCACAAUCCCCAUCCUCCUCCUCCUCGGGGUGCCCAUCACCCCCACACUACUUCAUCGUCGCAACAUUGGCUAUCCCUCGGCCCAGGCACGUUUUUUUUUUUUUUUUGUUGUUGGGAAAGGGACGGCUGGAGUUCUUGUACAUUGACGUUUGGCCGAUUUAUUUUGUCCUUGCUGCAAGCUUUUGUAUAGUAGCGUUGUGGCUGUGUAAUGGCAUUGGGCAAGUCGGCAGAGCCACCCGUUCUGUUACUCUCGCCACUUUGUCGCACCAGGAGUGUAUUUAUGUAUUUAUUUUAUUAAAAGUUAUGGGAUGAGUAUUGCAAUCACUUCGCAAAUGAAUUGCGCCUCGAAAAAAGGACGAGGCUGUGUCUGACCCGCUCAGUACGCUAGACGCCGUGAAACGAACUCGACACAAACAAUAAUAGUAGUAACUUAUACAUUUUCUAUUUCUUCUCUACUUUCUAUACGAAGACGGUGCUUUCUAAAUAAUUUCAGAAAUGUUCGGCGAGGCCAAUAUCAAACUCUGCGCCGUACCUCGCUUUAUCCGAGCAACGGCCGACCUCGUGCCGACUUUGGGCAUCCGUUGGAUCGGCGCUGAAACGGGCACGCCAGUUUCGCGACGUCGUCGGAAAGCGAAAUAGUUGCGAUACUCUCCCCCCUUACGAGAACGUUUGCCUAGGUACACAAAAACGUCCGGCCAGAGAAAAAAAAAAGACGCUUGCGACAGAUAUGCAAUACUACAAAGUACAGUACUAUACUACUACUAUGCCUUGAGAUUGAAAAAAGGGGUAGCACUAUCUAGACAACCCCGUGCAUGCGGUUAUACGAGCUGCCCCGUUUUUGUAACGAGUUUCUUCUAAAAGGUAUCCCUUCAUCCUGGGUAGAAAGGCUUUUUUUUUUCUUUAUCGUCUCAUUACUCACAUUACUCCAUUCAUCGUCUUGUACAGAGCAGAAUAAUGUACAGACAGGAAACACUGAGGUGCCGGACAUACAGACCCAUGCUUGCUUGUACAUAGCCAUAAUUCACCCAUUUUCCUUUUGAAACGUAAGCAGCAACAGCCACUUGGUUUGUGCUUAGCAUUUUUUUUUUUUAAUGACUUUCGGUUCUCACCCACUUUGCUGCAUCGUUUUGUUUCCGCAAAGAGGAGGAUCGGCACAAUCGUCCCGGCAAACGAAAAAAACCGCACCACGCCCGUUAUCACAAAAAACGCUGACAGUUUGCUACAUUUGCAAAAUGAUGUGUCAUGUUGUAAACGAGUUAUUUGUAUGAAAAAAUGAAAAAUAAAUUAUCUCGAGUGAGUA